AAAAAAAAAUGAAUAUGCACAUUGAAUCUAUUCAUAAAAAGUAAACCAUGUCAAUUGUAUUAUUUCUAAUUAUUUUGUUUACUGAUCCAAAAACAGUUGUUUUAGUUUUGUUUAACAUUAGAACUUUGAUAUUGGAACAUAAAUCACAAAAUAGAUAUCCGUGUGGCAAGUAGUGGAAGAAAAAAAAAACCUAGAAACACUGAUUUCCUUUAGGAGUUUGCAAUAUUUUGAAUGCAAACAUUUAAAAAAAAUAUUUUAAUAAAAAUAUGGAAAGUGUAGGACGUGGAACUGAAAAGAGGAAAUUUAAAUGUGCAGAUUUUUGCUUUAAUCACCAUAUACCAGAGACAUUUGUAAUUACACAGACUUGUACAUGUAGAUGUGGCGGUGGUUUUUGGUAUACAGCGUGGACUACAUUAUGCAUGCUGUGGCAUAUUUCCUGGUUUAUAUAUAGUUACAUAAGACAACCUACCGAUUUCUUUAUUUAUCUGACUAAUUGGGGAUACUCACUGCUUUUGUUAUCUAACAUCAUAGACUGCUUUGCAACCUGCUAUUUUCACCUUUUUGGGAAAGAAAAGUUAAUACAAAAUAAUGAACGGAAAAUGCCAUGGUAUUUAUACCUUUCAUGGGGUUUCUUUGAAACAAGCAAUCCUGUUGCUUUAUGUAUAAGUAUUGGAUACCAUGCAGCUAAAGUGGGAUUUGGUGUAAUGGAAUACUCUUCCACUCUAUCAAGCAUCGAGUUUCACAUUGGGAAUUCUGUCUAUGUCAUUCUGAAUAUGAUUAUAUGUGCCAAGGAAGUACGUUUUCACCACGUGGUUUAUUCCAUGGUUUUUGGUAUAAUUUAUGGGAUAUUUUCAUUGAUUUAUCAACGUGUCUUUGAAAACGACCUUAUAUAUCCGCCAUUAGAUUGGGAAAAGUCGACAACAUUCUACCUAUUUGCAGCAAUAAUAAUUAUUGGAAUCCCUUAUGUAUAUAUUGUAUUUAUUUUCGCACUGUUUUGGGUGCGUUUACAUUGCCGUCAAUUAUAUGACAUGCGUUUUCAAUGGUGGCCAUUAUGUGUCGAGCGUCUUCAUUGCUGUCGAUUAAGUAACAAAGUGGCGGAUGACUUCAAUGUAGACAACACAUGUACAGUUAGAAGAAUAAACCACAAUAGGACAAAUGUGACGAGUGUAAUGACAGUCGAAGAUAUUUAACCGAAUAUAAAGAAUGAAAAAUUUUGUUGCAGAAUUACCAGAAAUGAGUGUAUUAUUGGUUAACGAUGUUCGCUCCUCUGUUUUAAAAUAACAAGCUUUUUAAAAGACUGAUAUAAAUUGAUAGUAUAUGAAUAAUGGUACUUUAAAAGCAGAAAAAAAUAAUAAAUGUCCCUGUCCUUGUUUUUGAGUUAAAAGCAAUUAAAAUUUGGCGGGAAAUGAUUUUUAACAUUUUUCAAAAACUAUGAAAACAUAUUAAGGAUUUUAUUCGGUUUAAAAAAAAAUAGCUUUUGAAAUUAUACGUAAUAAAAUUAUGAAAAGAAAAUUGGGGUUAGCGGGAAAAAUGUUUUAUGACCUUAAAUGGAUAAAACUAGAGAAUUUGGAAUAUCUGACAAAAGAUCAACAACAAGAAUGGCAAACAUACUUAAUGGGAUAUUUUUGUACAUGCUGAAAGUGAAAACGUUUUCUGUCAGUGUAACACAGUAUAUAUGCAAUUAAUUCUUGAGGACCAUUGUUAACACUAUCCUCCGAUACUAAUGUUUUCAUUAUAUUAUCAUAUUAUUUACCUUAUCGUACAAUUAGCAGUCACUUACUUCUUUUUAAAGCCUCUUGCGAGAGUUAUGGAACCUAUUUAGUUUGUUCUUAUGUCGUUGUAUUACACCAGUUUCUCAGGUUAUGGGAAGGAUUUGGCGCAAGCAAACAUGUUUCACUCCGCCAUAUUAUGUAUGUCCCUGUCCAAAGUCAGUCACCCGUAAUUCAGUGGUUGUCGUUUGUUGCUGUAUAUCAUGUAAACGCAGGUCUGGGCAACCACAUCGUUACUCUCGUGAUUUUGAAAUAGAUCCACAAAGUUGUCGGUAUCAGAUGAAUUAAAAAUUCUGACAGGCAAAACUUAGCACACGGAACCAUAAUUUAUUUGCAGGUAUAUAAAAUAUAAAAAUAUCUAUGUAGUUUUAUUUACCAGCUAGUUUCAUGAUUUUGUUUUUGUAUCAUUAAAGUAUAUCAUUUAU